AUGGCCAACAACGACAAUCAAAUGACGCGGUUUCUUUUUGCCAUUCUUCGGCAAAAGUGCCUCAAAGAUAUUGACUGGAACGAAGUUGCCAAGGAUCCCAUCCUCUCUCAACCCAUCACAAAUGGCCAUGCCGCGCGGAUGAGAUACUCCCGUUUCCGGUCGGCCAUGCUCGGCCUCGAACCCCAGAAGCGAUCCAAGGGUGGCGUGACCAAGAACAAGUCUACCAAGUCUAAAAAGGAUUCCAAGACGAAGUCGGAUGAUACCAUCAAGGUGGAAACCAGCGAUAAUAAAAAGUCCAAGAAGCGGAGCGAUUCAUCGCCUGUGAUCAAGCAAGAGAAACAGGCGCCUACGCCCUUCUCUGUGCAGUUCUCACCCGCCUCCUUGGCAUCCCCGCUGACCGAUGCGUCGCUGAUGACGCCUUGUAGUGAGGAUCUCCUCACUACAAGCCCGAACCUCUUGAUGAGCCCGGCGCAGGAUCUCCUUAGCCAGGGCCCGUUUGCGCUCGGCCACUGCGGCCACGGUGUAGAUCACAUUGGCGAUGGCAGCCAGAGCCAGGAUCCCUGGGCCGAUGCCCCCUAUAUUCAGCGUUUGAUGCCGCUUAUAGCAUGA